CGCUGCCGCUGCCGCUGCCGGCGGGCCCAUGACGGCCGAGCUGCAGGCCCGGGGCGGCGGCGGGGAGGAUUGCCAAGUGCUUUUAAACCAGAUGAAAGAGAUCACAGGAAUUCAGGAUUCAGCAUUCCUGCUUGCUGCUCUAAAGGCUGCUGAUGGAGACCUCAUGGAAGCAGUGACCUUCCUGACRGAGGACCCCGCCCCGGAGCCCGUACAGAACUUGGCUGCUGCAGAGCCAUCUGCCUGGGAAGGGAGUGCAGUGGGCAAACAGCUCCCACAGAAUGCUAGUGCUGCACCUCCCCCUCAGAACCAAGACAAUCUCCGCACUGGCAACACCAUCAGACCCCUGGAAUCACCAAAAGCUGCAGCUGCAGAAAGGGAUGCAGCUGAAAGACCACAGGACAGCCAUUCCACUGAAAACAAAAACCGCUCCAAAAGGAAACGCUGUGAGGCCUGGGGAGAGAGCCCCAAGCAGAAUGACUGGAGAAGAGCGAGUGACUGGCCUGUUGGAAUGAAAAAUAUCGGAAAUACAUGUUGGUUUAGUGCUGUUAUACAGUCUCUGUUUCAGUUGCCAGAAUUCCGGAGGCUGGUSCUUGGGUACUCCCUCCCACAGAAUGUGCUUGAAAGUUGUCGUAGCCACACUGGAAAAAGAAAUAUUGCAUUCAUGCAAGAACUGCAGUGUCUGUUUGCAUUAAUGCUGGGAACAUGGCGUAAGUUCGUAGACCCUUCUGCAGCACUGGAACUCCUGAGGGAUGUGUUUAGAUCUGCUGAACAACCACAGCAAGAUGUGAGUGAAUUUACACACAAACUACUGGACUGGCUGGAGGACGCCUUCCAGCUCACUGUGAAUGUCACGAGCCCUGGGGACAAAUCCGAAAACCCAAUGGUGCAGCUCUUCUACGGGACUUUCCUGACUGAGGGUGUCCAUGAGGGCAACACUUUUUCCAAGAUUGAGACCUUUGGUCAGUACCCCCUCCAGGUGAACGGUUACCGGAACCUGAACGAGUGCUUGGAAGGAGCCAUGGUGGAGGGAGAGAUGGAGGAGGCAACAACAUCUCAGUCAGUCAAGUAUGGACAGGAGCGCUGGUUUACAAAACUCCCACCAGUUCUGACCUUUGAACUCUCCCGAUUUGAGUUCAAUCAGUCACUAGGACAGCCAGAGAAAAUUCACACCAAGCUAGAGUUUCCCCAGACUAUAUAUAUGGACAGAUACCUCUACUGCAAUAAAGAUCUUAUUCAGAUGAAGAGAGAGGAAAUGAAGAGACUGAAGGAGAAAAUGGUGACUCUACAGCAGAAGCUGGAAAGGUACAUGGAGUAUGGCUCUGGCCCAGCCCGCUUUCCCCUGCCUGACAUGCUGCAGUAUGUGCUGGAGUUCAUUGCUACAAAGCCAGCUGGGGCUGUUYCCUCUGCUCAGGGCUCUCAGAUAUCACCCCUGCACUCCCAGAACAAGCCUCGUGUUGUGGACACACUUUCACAGCCAAACGGCACRCUAGAAAGGACUGAUACUAGGACUGAAGAUGAAGCUUCCUUUGUGGCAAAYUCUUCGCUGCAGCAAAACUCCAGUGUGGAGCUCCAGCCUCCCGUUUCAGCAGCAGAGCUGUCUGAAUGUCCAGCUCCUCGRGUGGUGUCUGAGGAAGAGCUGAACCUGGUUCAGACGUGUCUGCAGCGAUGGAGAAACGAGAUUGAACAAGAUGUGCAAGAUCUGAAGGAGUCUAUUGCCAGAAUCAACCUGUCCAUUGAAGAAAUGUACUGUGACCCUCUCCUCCAACAGGUUCCCUAUCGUUUACACGCCGUCCUGGUCCAUGAAGGGCAGGCAAAUGCUGGCCACUACUGGGCCUUCAUAUACGACCAGCCUCGAAAAAGGUGGCUGAAAUACAAUGACAUCUCAGUGACAGAGUCAUCGUGGGAGGAGCUGGAGCGAGAGUCGUUUGGAGGCUUGAGGAAUGCCAGUGCCUACUGCCUGAUGUACAUCAGUGACCAGGUGUCCCGUGCUGGUGCAGAUGAGGAUGAGGGCCCAGAGGCGAGACAGYUCCAGAAAGAAGUGGAAGCCUUGUCCCCACAACUCAGACACUACAUCCAGGAGGACAACUGGCGCCUGGAGCAGGAGGCAGAGGAGUGGGAUGAGGAGCAGUCCUGCAAGAUUCCUCAGAUGGAGCCUUCGCCUACUUCUGAACUGCAGGACCUCUGCUCCGAGUCAGGACCAGAGCAGUCGUCAGUCUGUGAYCAGAGCUGCUCGCUGUCGUCGGAGCACGCCCGCAUUGCCAAGGAGCAGACUGCCAAGGCCAUUGCCAACACCGCCGAUUCCUACGAGAAGAACGGGGUGGAGGCAGCUCUGUGCGAGGCGUUCCAUGAGGAAUAUUCCCGACUGUACCUGCUGUCCAAAGAGACCCCAACCCCCCAGAACGAUGCCCGGCUCCAGCACGUCCUCAUCUACUUCAUGCAGAACAAUGCUCCGCAGCAGGUCGUGGAACGGACCCUCCUCGAGCAGUUUGCAGACAAAAACCUCAGCUAUGACGAGCGGUCCAUCAGCAUCAUGAAAGUGGCACAGGAAAAGCUGAGUGAAAUCGGCCCUGAUCUUGUGGACAUGGAGGAGUACAAGAGAUGGCACGAGGACUACAGCCUUUUUCGUAAGGUGUCCAUUUACCUGCUGACAGGAUUGGAACUCUACCAGAACAGAAAGUACCAGGAGUCACUCACCUACCUGGUCUAUGCCUACCAAAGCAACACCAAACUGCUGCUGAAGGGAACCAACCGAGGCGUGAACGAGUCCCUGAUCGCCCUGUACAGAAGGAAGUGUCUCCUGAAGCUGAAUGAGGUGGCAGCUUCUCUUUUCAUCAGCUGUGAAGAAGCUCGUGUGUCAGAGGGUGUGAGCAUCCUGAACGAGCUGAUCAUCCCCUGCAUGCAUCUGAUGAACAACUUUGAGAUCUCCAAAGAGGACCUGGAUGCCAUCGAGAUCAUGAGAAACCGCUGGUGCUCCUAUUUGGGACGAGAGGACAUGGAUGCAAAGCUGCAGAUGAAGCUGGGUGAGCUGCUGCCCCGGCUCCUGGAUGGCUCCACCGAGGUCAUUGUGCUGAAAGAGCCCCCGAAGAUCCGCCCCAACUCCCCGUACGACCUGUGCAGCCGCUUCGCAGCCGUGAUGGAAUCCAUUCACGGGGCCUCCACCGUCACCGUCAAAUAGCCACGGGCACUCCCUGUGCCACUGUGCCAUGCUGCCAGCCUGCCCGGGGCCUCGGGCGGCCAGUGCUGCACUGGGGGAGGACAGGGGCACCUUGGUUUCUSAGCUGUGUUCUUUGUAAAUAUGAGCAGAUAAAAAGCAGUAUUGCACUUGUGAGGCAGAACGUGAGGCGGUAACACAAAGGACCCAGACCACUGUUACAGUGCAAGGUGCAGGCCCAGGCAGGCUCCAGAAGUUCUUCUGUCCUGGCAGCCUUCUAAAUGCACCCCCUGGGCCCAUGCUGGCACAGGAGCCCAACUCUGUUCAGCACUGCACCCUGUGCCUGGGCUGUCAGGGGCUUUCACAGCUCCUGCAUGGGCACUGCRAGAGGCUGCACGUGUCAGUCCAGCCAGACUGCUGCUGGUGGGAGCCUGGGCUCAGUGAGGAGGAGGCAGCGAGCAGCAAUGGCUCAGGCUCUGCUGUGUGGGCAGUCAUGCAAAAGCUGUGUGUUAUGGUCAGGUCAAGUAGGCUUUUGCCUUUUGUAUUCCAGCUGGCACCAGAAACCCUGCAGGAGCCUUCCUCAGAGGCACAGGCAAAUCCUGGCAGUGAGGAGCCAGGACGGGGCUGUGGUUUGUGCCUGGCAGGAGCUGACUGCCUCGGGCAAUCACAUCACCCCGAAGGAUUUUCCUUUGUGGCCAGAAGGCAAACUUCCUUCUCCCCUUGGGUGGURUGUCAGGGCUGGAUUAGUGUCAGUGACAGCUGCCAGGGCUCAGAUCAGCCCGUUGUGUUGGUGGUGGGUAUUUGUGUUGACUUUGUUAACGAAGUGCCCCGUUGGCAUUUCUUGUUGCAGUCGCCCUGUGCUUGCCUUUGAGCUGCGGCAGUUGUAAGCCGAAACUUCUGAGUCAGUGGMGGGGGAUCCUUUUUGCUGGGACUAUGCAGAGUUUUCUAACAGUGCAAUAAAAGCAUUUGUUCUAUGUUAGAAU